UACUCAACAAACGACAUCCAAUAUUACAUGUUUUGCUUUCCCUCUCUACCACACUCCUCACGUUAUCUCUUCUCUUUUUUCAUACCCUCCUAAUUUAAUUAUCUUCUUUUAGUCAUUCUGCCGAAUCUUUAUGGUGAAGAAAACAUACAGGUUUCACGCCUAUACAUAAACUUCCUGCAAGAACACAACUAAUAAACCCUACAAAAUUCCAAGAAAGCAUAGAUGAAAAUUGAAAGAAAGCAGAGUGUAGUACUAGUGCCAUUCCUACUCCAGGGGCAUUUAACACCAAUGCUACAACUUGGAAGUAUCCUUCAUUCACAAGGCUUUUCUGUCAUAGUUGCACAUACUGAGCACAAUUCUCCUAAUUAUUCCAAUCAUCCUGAAUUCGUCUUCCAUUCUAUGGAUGACGGAUUAAAGGGAAUUGACCUCUCAUUCCCUAGUAAACAGGAUAUAUGUCGUAUGAACGAGCAUUGCAAGGCGCCCUUGAGAAAUUAUCUCGUUAGGAUGAUGGAACAGGAAGAUAAAGAGGAUGUGCAAGGUGAUCAGCUCGUUUGUAUCAUUUAUGACAACAACAUGUUCUUCGUCGACGAUGUAGCCACUCAGCUCAUGCUUCCCAGCAUUGUCCUGCGCAUUUACAAUGCUGCAUAUUUGCACAGUAUGAUCACCAUUUUACACCAACCAGAAAAAUAUUUUCCUUUUAAAGAUUCUCAGUUGCUGGAUCCGUUACCGGAGCUUCGUCCCUUGAGGUUUAAGGAUAUACCAAUUUUUGUCAUCAAUAAUACAGUUUCAGCACAGGUACUAGACUUCGGUAGAGCAAUAACCGACAAAGGAUCAUAUGUCGCGACUAUUUGGAACACGAUGCAAGACUUGGAGAGUUCAUUGUUGUUACGCCUUCAGGAACAUUACAAGGUACCCUUCUUUCCAAUAGGCCCUUUCCACAAAAUGGCGCCUAUGGCCUCAUCGACUAGCCUAAUAGAAGAAGACAACAGCUGCAUCGAGUGGCUCGACAGACAAGCUUCUAACUCUGUUCUCUAUGUCAGCAUAGGCAGCCUAGUAAGUAUUGAUGACAAAGAGCUAAUUGAGACUGCUUGGGGAUUAGCUAAUAGUGAGCAACCGUUCUUGUGGGUUAUUCGACCGGGCUCUGUCUCUGGUUUUCAAUGGGCUGAGGCACUGCCUGAUGGUUUUGAGGAAAUGGUAAGUGAAAGAGGACGGAUAGUGAAAUGGGCGCCACAAAAACAGGUGCUUGCACAUCCCGCGGUAGCAGGCUUUUUCACUCAUUGUGGUUGGAAUUCUACACUUGAAAGUAUUUUGGAGGAAGUCCCUAUGAUAUGCAGGCCAAUAUUUGCAGACCAACUGGUGAACGCAAGGUAUCUGAGCCAAAUAUAUAAGGUUGGGUUCGAAUUGGAGGUUAUCGAGAGAACAGUCAUAGAGAAAACAAUAAGAAAACUCAUGUUAAGUGAAGAAGGCAAAGAUUUGAAGAAAAGAAUUGUAGACAUGAAACAAACCAUAGUUGCUGGUAUGCAGGUUGAUGGUACUUCACAUAAGAAUCUGAAUGAUUUGGUAGACUUCAUUUCUGCCUUGCCAUCGCGGCUCCCUCCGCCAACGCCUGUUGUUGGGGCAAUAAUGAGCUCAAAUCAUACAACAAGCAAGUGUACUAUCAUAGAGUCCUGAGGUCGGAAGAAUUACAUAAUCUUGUAGCCUGCUAGCUUAGCAAGGCAACAAGUCCUUAAUCAUAAAAGGAAGAAUAAGAUGAGAUGUGAACUUCUCUUAAUAUCUUGGGGGUUAUGUCAAGGCCGUGGGGCAAAUGCUGAAGCAGUUUACUUGCCUUGUCAACUAAUUUCUCACCUUAGUUUGUUGAUUGGUUUGAUAAGUUUCGAAACUUCGACAUACUGUUUCCUAGUGUUGGUAUUUAUUUUUCCCUAUGUUACUACUUCCAAAAACUUUGCUUAUGUUAUAAAAUAUUAUAUUUAGUGUGUA